CGCUGGUGUGUGGAGUCGGAGUCGGCGGCGGGUGGCGGCGCCUGGAACCUGGAGACCGACCCCCCCCACCCCCGGUCCGGAAUGUACUGACUCCCCCCUUCUCUGCUCUCCUCCCUUCUCCGCCCCCCUGCAGGAGGGAGGCGCCCCCGAGUCUCCCCUCCCGCGAGAGGGGCCGCGCAGUCCGGGCCGGGCGGAACAGCGGCGGCGGCGGCCGCGGGAGCCGAGCCUGCAACGAGGGACCGGCUGAAGCGCGCGGGAGGGAAGGAGGCGAGGGCUCCGCGGCGCUGGCGCCGCCGCCGCUGCCGCCGCUCGCGGGGCAGAGAUGGCGGCGGAGCGGGGAGCCCGGCGACUCCUCGGCACCUCCUCCUUCUGGCUCUGCUGCCUGCUGCUGCUCGGGCGCCCGGCGCCCGCCGCGGCCGCCAGGAGCGGCUCCCCGCCGCAGUCACCAGGAUCCAGCGUUCGAACAUUCACUCCAUUUUACUUUCUGGUAGAACCAGUGGAUACACUCUCAGUUAGAGGCUCUUCUGUUAUAUUGAACUGUUCAGCAUAUUCUGAGCCUUCUCCAAAAAUUGAAUGGAAAAAAGAUGGGACUUUUUUAAACUUAGUAUCUGAUGACCGACGCCAGCUUCUCCCAGAUGGGUCUUUAUUUAUCAGCAAUGUGGUGCAUUCCAAACACAAUAAACCUGAUGAAGGUUAUUAUCAGUGUGUGGCCACUGUUGAGAGCCUUGGAACGAUUGUCAGCAGAACAGCUAAGCUCACAGUAGCAGGUCUUCCAAGAUUUGCUAGCCAACCAGAACCUUCUUCAGUUUAUGCUGGGAACAGUGCAGUUCUGAAUUGCGAAGUCAGUGUGGAUCUGGUCCCAUUUGUGAGGUGGGAACAGAACAGACAGCCUCUUCCUCUGGAUGAUAGAGUCAUCAAACUUCCAAGUGGGACACUGGUUGUGAGCAACGCCACUGAAGGAGACGGAGGGCUCUACCGCUGCACAGUUGAGAGCGGCGGGCCGCCGAAGUAUAGCGAUGAAGUGGAAUUAAAAGUUCUUCCAGAUCCUGAGUUCACAUCAAACUUGGUAUUUCUGAAACAACCUUCUUCCUUAGUCAGAGUCCUUGGUCAGAAUGCAGUGUUGCCGUGUGUCGCUUCAGGACUUCCUCCUCCAGCCAUUAGAUGGAUGAAAAAUGAGAAGGCACUUGACCCAGAAAGCUCUGAAAAAUUGGCGUUGCUGGCAGGUGGUAGUCUGGAGAUCAGUGAUGUCACUGAGGAUGAUGCGGGAACUUACUUUUGUAUAGCUGAUAAUGGGAAUGAGACCGUUGAAGCUCAAGCAGAGCUUACAGUACAAGUCCAACCAGAAUUCUUGAAACAGCCGACGAAUAUAUAUGCUCAUGAAUCCAUGGAUAUCGUAUUCGAAUGUGAAGUGACUGGGAAACCGACUCCAACCGUGAAGUGGGUCAAGAAUGGAGAUGUGGUUAUCCCAAGUGAUUACUUUAAGAUUGUAAAGGAACAUAAUCUUCAAGUUUUGGGUCUGGUGAAAUCAGAUGAAGGGUUCUACCAAUGCAUUGCUGAGAAUGAUGUUGGAAAUGUACAAGCUGGAGCCCAACUGAUAAUCCUUGAACAUGAUGUUGCCAUCCCAACAUUACCUCCCACUUCACUGACCAGUGCCACUACUGACCAUCUAGCACCAGCCACAACGGGACCACUGCCUUCAGCUCCUCGGGAUGUCGUGGCCUCGCUGGUCUCUACCCGCUUCAUCAAAUUGACAUGGCGGACACCUGCAUCAGAUCCUCACGGGGACAACCUUACCUAUUCUGUCUUCUACACCAAGGAAGGGAUUGUUAGGGAACGUGUUGAGAACACCAGUCGCCCAGGAGAAAUGCAGGUGACCAUUCAAAACCUAAUGCCAGCCACUGUGUACAUCUUUAGAGUUAUGGCUCAAAAUAAACAUGGCUCUGGAGAAAGUUCAGCUCCACUCCGAGUAGAAACACAGCCUGAGGUUCAGCUUCCUGGCCCAGCACCUAACAUCCGAGCACAUGCAGCUUCACCUACGUCCAUCACUGUCACCUGGGAAACACCUCUGUCUGGCAAUGGGGAAAUUCAGAAUUACAAAUUGUACUACAUGGAAAAAGGGACCGAUAAAGAACAGGAUGUUGACGUUUCAAGUCACUCCCAUACUGUUAAUGGGUUGAAAAAAUACACAGAGUAUAGUUUCCGAGUGGUGGCUUACAACAAACAUGGUCCUGGAGUCUCCACACAAGAUGUUGCUGUUCGAACGUUGUCAGAUGUUCCCAGUGCUGCUCCUCAGAAUCUGUCCUUAGAAGUAAGAAAUUCAAAGAGUAUUGUGAUUCACUGGCAGCCACCUCCUCCAGCCACACAGAAUGGUCAGAUUACUGGCUACAAGAUUCGCUACCGAAAGGCCUCCCGAAAGAGUGAUGUCACUGAGACCUUGGUACCUGGGACACAGCUCUCUCAGCUGAUUGAAGGUCUUGAUCGGGGAACUGAAUAUAAUUUCAGAGUGGCUGCUCUAACCAUCAAUGGCACAGGCCCGGCUACUGACUGGCUGUCUGCUGAAACUUUUGAAAGUGAUUUAGAUGAAACUCGUGUUCCUGAAGUGCCCAGUUCUCUUCACGUCCGACCACUUGUCACUAGCAUUGUAGUAAGCUGGACUCCUCCAGAGAAUCAGAACAUUGUGGUCAGAGGUUAUGCCAUUGGUUAUGGUAUUGGCAGCCCUCAUGCCCAGACCAUCAAAGUGGACUAUAAACAACGAUAUUACACCAUCGAAAAUCUGGAUCCCAGCUCUCACUACGUGAUAACCCUGAAAGCCUUUAACAACGUGGGUGAAGGCAUCCCCCUGUACGAGAGCGCCGUGACCAGACCUCACACAGACACUUCUGAAGUUGAUUUAUUUGUUAUUAAUGCUCCAUACACUCCAGUGCCAGAUCCCACUCCCAUGAUGCCACCUGUGGGAGUUCAGGCUUCCAUUCUGAGUCAUGACACCAUAAGGAUCACAUGGGCGGACAACUCACUGCCCAAACACCAGAAGAUUACGGAUUCCCGGUACUACACAGUCCGAUGGAAAACCAACAUCCCAGCAAACACCAAGUACAAGAAUGCAAAUGCAACGACUUUAAGUUAUUUGGUGACUGGUUUAAAAGCAAAUACACUGUAUGAAUUCUCUGUGAUGGUGACCAAAGGUCGAAGAUCAAGCACAUGGAGUAUGACAGCCCAUGGGACCACCUUUGAAUUCGUUCCUACUUCUCCACCCAAGGACGUGACAGUUGUGAGUAAAGAGGGAAAACCUAGGACCAUAAUUGUAAAUUGGCAGCCUCCCUCAGAAGCCAAUGGCAAAAUUACAGGUUACAUCAUAUAUUACAGUACGGAUGUGAACGCAGAGAUACACGACUGGGUUAUUGAGCCUGUUGUGGGAAACAGGCUGACUCACCAGAUACAAGAGUUAACACUUGACACACCAUACUACUUUAAAAUCCAAGCCCGAAACUCAAAGGGCAUGGGACCCAUGUCUGAAGCCGUCCAAUUCAGAACACCUAAAGCCUCAGGGUCUGCAGGAAAAGGAAGUCGGCUUCCAGACCUAGGAUCUGACUACAAACCUCCAAUGAGUGGCAGUAACAGCCCGCAUGGAAGCCCCACCUCUCCCCUGGACAGUAGCAUGCUGCUGGUCAUCAUUGUUUCUGUUGGCGUUGUCACCAUUGUGGUGGUUGUGGUCAUUGCUGUCUUUUGUACCAGGCGUACCACCUCUCACCAGAAAAAGAAACGAGCUGCUUGCAAAUCAGUGAAUGGUUCCCACAAGUACAAAGGGAACUCCAAAGAUGUCAAACCCCCAGACCUCUGGAUCCAUCAUGAGAGACUGGAGCUGAAACCCAUCGAUAAGUCUCCAGACCCAAAUCCCAUCAUGACUGAUACUCCAAUUCCUCGGAACUCUCAAGAUAUCACACCAGUUGACAAUUCCAUGGACAGCAACAUCCAUCAAAGGCGGAAUUCAUAUAGAGGGCAUGAGUCAGAGGACAGCAUGUCUACACUGGCUGGAAGGCGAGGAAUGAGACCAAAAAUGAUGAUGCCCUUUGACUCCCAGCCACCCCAACCUGUGAUUAGUGCCCAUCCCAUCCAUCCCCUCGAUAACCCUCACCAUCAUUUCCACUCCAGCAGCCUCGCUCCUCCAGCCCGCAGUCAUCUCUACCACCCGGGCAGCCCGUGGCCCGUUGGCACAUCCCUGUCCCUUUCAGACAGGGCCAAUUCCACAGAAUCCGUUCGAAAUACCCCCAGCACUGACACCAUGCCAGCCUCCUCGUCUCAAACAUGCUGUACUGAUCACCAGGAUCCUGAAGGUGCUACCAGUUCCUCUUACUUGGCCAGCUCCCAAGAGGAAGAUUCAGGCCAGAGUCUUCCUACAGCCCACGUUCGCCCUUCCCACCCAUUGAAGAGCUUUGCUGUGCCGGCAAUCCCGCCCCCAGGUCCUCCCACCUAUGAUCCCGCGUUGCCAAGCACACCAUUACUAUCCCAGCAAGCUCUGAACCAUCACAUUCACUCGGUGAAGACAGCCUCCAUUGGGACUUUAGGAAGGAGCCGGCCUCCUAUGCCAGUGGUGGUUCCCAGUGCCCCUGAAGUGCAGGAGACCACAAGGAUGCUGGAAGACUCCGAGAGUAGCUAUGAACCAGAUGAGCUGACCAAAGAGAUGGCCCACCUGGAAGGACUAAUGAAGGACCUAAAUGCCAUCACGACAGCAUGACGACCUUCCCCGGGACAUGACUGCAGACCUGGGUCUAGAAGUCUUGGGACGGAGCCUGGAAAGCAAGGAUUGUACAGAGCACGUGAGGACAGCACUUGAGAACACAGAGCGAGCAAGCAGACCGGUCAGCGCCCCUGUGUGGGGCUGGCUCCGGGCAUGGCCACCUGCCUUCUCCUGGUCAGCCUGGAAGAAGCCUGUGUCGAGGCGGCUUCCCUUUGCCUGCUGACACCCUGCAGGACUGGGCACCAUGGGCCAAAAUUUUGUGUCCAGGGAAGAGGCAAGAAGUGCAACGACCUACAUUUCACUUUGUGGUCAGGCUGUGUCUUCGUGCUGCGACUGCAUCGCCUCUAUGGAGUGUAGACAUUGGCAUUUAUGUACAAUUUUAUUUGUGUCCUAUUUUAUUUUACCUUCAAAAGAAAAACACUAUCAAAAACCAAGGGAGUCCAUGGUGUUCUCCACAAGUGGUUGACGUUUGACUGCUUGUUUGAAUUAUGUAUGGAAAGUCAUUUGACAGUGUGGGUUGUUCCAGGGGUUGGCUUGUUUUUUGUUUUUGUUUUUAUUUUUGAAUUCCAAGUCAUUGCAUCCUCUACCAGCUGUUAAUCCAUCACUUUGAGGGGGGAGGAAAUGUUGCAUUGCUGUUUGUAAGCUUUUUUAUUAUUUUUUUAUUAUAAUUAUUAAAGGCCUGACUUUCUCCUCUCAUCACUGUGAGAUUACAGAUCUAUUUGAAUGAAAUGUAACAUUGAAAAGACUUGUUUGUUGCUUUCUGUGCAGUUUCAAAGUAUUGGGGUGGGGGUGGGCUGGGGGGUUGGGAAUAGGAAAUGGCGGGGCUGCUGAGGUCUGUGAAUGUUUCAGUCGAUGUACUUUCUUCCAGAAGCCUGCAGAGAAUGGAAGCAUCUUCUUUAUUGUCCUUUCCUGGCAUGUCCAUCUCUAUUGUCACUAAGUUGCAACUGGAGUUUCGUUUGGAUCUAGUUAAAAAAAAAAAAAUUCUUCUGUGCAAUAGGUGAGUUCGAGAACUUAGCUGCCCUGAUGUCUUGGUCAUAUCCUGAUAAGAAUGUCCAUGCUGAGGCGCCAGUGCCAUAUUUCCAGCUACAGGAGUGAUGCCGGAACAGGACAAGAGCCCAAGCCUGUUCCUGGGAAAUCGGGGGAAAAGAUGGAGUCCCUUUCCUGCUGUUAUCAUGUGUUCCCUGGGGGAGGCCAGAGGUGAAGGAAGGAACUUUGUCUCCACACAGGACUCCUUGCUUCUCUCUAGCUCCUGUCCUCAGCCAGCCUGGCUCUCGCUGCCGUGUUUCAGAGCCGCUUAGGAAAAGCAUUCCCAGGAUGAGGCAGGCAGGGGCUGUAGCACCCCUGAAGUUCUCCUUUCUGAACAUUGUAGAUAACGGGACAGGGACAGCGGAAAGGGACAGAGGAGGCGGCUGCCCCCUCCUCCAUCCCAGCAGCUCAGUGAAGCCCCUAAUUAGAACAGGGUAGCAGGAGGUUGGUGAAGUAAUGCUGAGAGGCCCAGCCACAUACACAGAAGCCUUUGCCUUUGCCAACAGUUCUCAUGUUCUUUGUCUUAAAAAGGUAAGGAGCUGAGGUGGGUUUUUUGGGUUUUUUUAUUUUGUUUUUUCUUUUGUUUUGUUUUGUUUUUUACUAUUGAGAAUCUAUUCUGACAAAACACAGGACUGACCCUCAAGCAUCUUCCCCUACUCCCUACCACUCCCCGGAAGACAGUGUGGAAGGCAGUAUAGGAGCAUCAGGCUUUGGUUCUGUAGCCAAGAAGAGUUCAGCUCGCUGAGACCACCAGGGGGCGCCCAGCCUACCCGCCUUGGCCCUUCAGGCACCCCACUUGCCUUUGUACAUUGGUCACUUCUCCUUUUUUAGGUCUUAACACAUACUUGCUUUUUUAGAAGAUGAACUCUUUGUAUUUAUUAUUUUGGGGGGCAAUGAAAAGUGCAAUGCCGGAACUCCCGCCACCGUGCCGGCCUGUCGUAGAGGGCAGUGCCAGGCGGGAUUCUGGAAAACCAGUGCACUUCAACUGAUCCUGAACAGAGCACUCAGAGCACUCUGGACACCAGGAGGGCUAGAUUCCCCAGAAACUGUCUUACCUUUUGCCCAAAGAAACGUGCUCGGUAUUCAGGGCAUUCCCUCCCGUGAACCCUGACACUCGUGUUACCUCAGGGCCUUGGAACCUGGAUACUGCCACAGAGCUGGGGCGGGGGGGGCGGGGCCUAUUUUUAAAUAAAAUAACUGUUCAAAGUCGGGGGAUUUUUUAAAAUUAAAAAGGAAAGCUAUUCUGUAUUGCACCUUUUCACAAUUUAAUACAUUUUCUUACAUUUUCCUGUGAUUUUUGCAAUUAAACCAUUGUGUGUCUUGUAAUGUCUAGUUGAGCUGCUGUUCAGCAGCUUCCUUCAGGAGGAUUUGGAACACAUGUGUCUGUUGCCUUGUCGCCUGCUGGAGGGGGGCCUGGAGGACUGCUGGGGACUAGUCUCUGUACACACUUGUUUGGCCUUUUCUGUAGUUGAUGCUGUAAACUCUAUGGCUUUUUAAAAAAACAAUUUCAUGUUUUUAUUUAGUAUUGGAAAUCCAAUACACUUUUUUAAUCCAAUCAAA